GCAACUUCAGUGGAGACUCAACAAGGCAGGAUUUUGUGAUUCUGCUGCGUGCCCUUGCAGAAGGGGCUCCCGUUAGCCAGCCAGUUUUUUUUUUUUCUGCUUCUUUUUUUUCAGAUGCUCUGCUGUGUGAAUGUGCUGCGUUCUCUCACUCUCCAGGGAGAGUGUUUACAGGAUGUUAUCAGUCUCCGUCUCUGCCUAUCAUCCUAGACAGGGUUCCAUGGAAUGCUUGGAGGGGAAGGAGGCAAUCUGAAGGGGGAGUGCCAUACUGAGGGGAGUCUAUAUAUACAUCCCAGCACUGGGAGGCUGUUGCUCAGAGGCACAGCUGAGAUCUGUCGGAGAACACCUCAGUGGCAACAUUUUUCAGGAAUUGUGGAUUUCAGACAUCACUGAGCUGAAAAAGGAGGCAAAUCGAGCCCCCUUUUUAAUUGUGGUGCAUAAUGAAUCGUGUCGAAGAAUGGGUCCUGGAGAACAGGGACAAGAUUGAGAAAGGAGUGGAGAUCAUGGGCCAAGGCUGUGAGGUGCUGGCCUCCACGGUGGGUCAGUUCCACCCCAUCCUGGAAGCUGUGUUUGUGGCCUCCGCAGAGAUCCUCAGUAACCCUGAUGGGAAAGAGGCACGGUACUUGACUGAGCAGUUUGAGAAGGUCAACCAGAAGCUGGAGGGCAUACAGGAUGAAAUCGGCAAGAUCGCCCUGGAGCUGCAGCGGAGCAGCAUGAACAAGCAGAACUUUGACCGCGAGGCGCAGAUAAUCAGCCAGUAUGAGAAGUUUCAAGACUUCAUCAAUGCCAAGCCCAAGUUCAAGGAGAAGAAGAAGGAGAAAUUCAUCAGCCACUUUGAGAACACGGAUCGGGACUUGAACCUGGACGCCUUGUACAACGCCGUCACCGGCGAGAACAUUUCCGGGGACCCCAUGCUGGAAACGGUGCUAAACACAGAGCAGCGGGGCAGGAGGGCGGUGGAGGAGUUCUGCGCCCGAGUCAAGAAGCUGUUUGUCAUGGGCAUCAUCGCAGUCAUGGGCCAUGCUUCCCUGAAAGACGGAGUCAUUGGAGAGGACAUGGUCAAGAAGUGGCAGGAUCGGAUGGAGGAUGUGGAGAACCGCAUGAAGGCCGCAGUGGACGACUGCACGCAGAACUUCGCUGUCCAGGCCAAGAUGGAUGUAGAGCGUGAGCUCCUGGACAAACCAGGCAGCGUUGACCCGGAAUUCACCAAAUCUCUUCUGGUGAUCCUCACCAGGAAGUAUGACUGGGUUUCCUGGUCCAUCCGAGUUUUCAAUCACAGUGGAAUAUUUUUCUGGAAUUGGCUGGCUGGCAAGAAGUACCAUGGCAGUGGUGGGGGUGGUAACUUUUUUGACCUCUUGACCCAAAACAACAUCCGGGUGGUGGUUUCGUUCAGCGCGGAUCCAAAGCCUAUCAACAAGAACCACCUGCAGGAUCAGAUUGAGAAACAGAAGUUGAAGGGCAACAUGGUGUCUGUGGCCCAGGCCUUGUGUGGCAGCCAGCCCAACUGUUUGGUGCAUGCCGUGAGCCGAUAUAAGAAAGUAGAGGAGACUAACAACUUUCAGCCAGAAUGCUAUUAUUAUGGGAUACACAAAAGGGCCUACUUAUGUAUCCAUUCAGAGUAGCCUAGUUGCACUGAGAGGUAUCACAAAUGCGGCAAUCAGUUCAGUUUUUCAUACCUGUGUCAUAAAUGUUAUUCUUUGAAUAUGUAAGACAGUUGGAUGUAUAGCAACUCUUGACUUGAGAUACUUUGUCUUUCUUUUUUUUUGAUUGAUUUCAUGGUGACAUGUGUUCAUACAUUUUUAAUCAUUAUGAAUGGACAAAGAGCAUGUAUACACUACUUUAAAAACUUGAUCAAACUUGAUUCAUAGAACUAAAUUGCAAAAGAUGCUUGCUUUCAAGAAAGUAAUGAGAAGCUAAAAACUAAUUUUAUACUUUUAAUAUUUGACAUCAAAUACCAUAAAGAUGUCAAAUAUCUCCAAAUAUGUUCAUAUUUUCAUCAUAUUGUGUACUACUUGUAACUGCUUUUCAGCAGACAGCAUUGAUCAAGUUAAACUCAAAACCAACAAUAAAUGUCAUAAAACAGGUA